AAACCUACACCAGCUACUAUUUACUGUUAGUUUAACGAAAGGUCACAAUAAUAAACUGAUGCUUAUGCCGGUGAACAGUUCAUCGCUGAAUCUGUGGCCAAUAGUUUUUAGCGGUGUUUCUGGCUGACUGACCGGAGUCAGUGGUGAAUUUGUUGUGUCGGCCUAUAAUCUACAGUUUUAAAGUGUCUGUUCUGUCCCUUUAACUUCUGAGCCGAUUUCCAGAAGCAACAACUCGCAACAGGUUGAGCGAUCCUCCCCCUGAUGGAUUAUUUAACAGGCGCUCAGUCCCAUGUCGCCAUAUGCUACAGGAAGAAAAACACCGCGGAAUGUUCGAGGGACACGAAGCAGGCAGCGUAAACAAAUACAAAUAGUUUACAUACUACAAAAACAACCUUGGGCAGCAGCCGCUCCGCAUCAUGCAGGCGUCAGGCACGCGAAGGGGAUAAUAACGAAGGCGCAUCCUCAGACAGCGCUCAGCAGGUCAGUGUCUCUCCCAGGUGCGGAACAAUAGAGACUUUUUUCCACUAUGUAAAACGUGUCGCUUAGUAAAAUCCGCUGCUUGUGAGAGGGAACUGAUUUCUCUCUGACCGCGCGGCGACAUCGGAACCCACUGCCUGGAAUUACCGACCGAGCGAGCAGAUCCGGGGCUUCUGGAGGCGCGAUGCUGAUCCAGUCCGCACGGUGGACCGAUUAGGCUCAACCCAGGCGACCCAGCGAGCGCGUGCAGCAGUCAUGGUGGCGGAGGGGGACAGGAGCCUGAUGGCCGCGAGGCACGGGGACGUGCAGACGCUCAAAGCGCAAUUAGCGGCGAGGGCGCUCAGCGGCGACGUCAAGGACGCGCUGGGGGCCUCGCCGGUGCACCACGCGGCCCGGGCCGGGAAGCUGAGCUGCCUGCGCUUCCUGGUGGAGGAGGCUGGGCUGCCGGGCAACUGCGUGGCGAACAACGGAGCGAGCCCGGCGCACGAUGCGGCAGCCACGGGCAACCUGGCGUGCCUGCAGUGGCUGCUGACCCAGGGAGGAUGUCGGCCAGAGGACCGGGACAGCUCAGGUGCCACGGUUCUGCACCUCGCGUCCCGCUUCAGCCACCACGAGAUCACCGACUGGCUGCUGAAGAGCGGCGAGGUGGACCCCGGGGCCUGCACCGACACAGGGGCCCUAGCCGUGCACUACGCCGCUGCCAAGGGAGACCUGUCCUCCCUCAGGCUGCUCCUGCCGCACAGCCCAAGCUUUGUUAACUCCCAAACUAAAAACGGUGCCACUCCGCUCUACCUGGCCUGCCAGGAAGGCCACCUGGAGGUUGUCCAGUACCUGGUCAAGGACUGCGGGGCAGAUUCGAGCAUCAGGGCCAAUGAUGGGAUGACACCGCUGCACGCUGCUGCCCAGAUGGGCCACAACACAGUCAUCGUUUGGCUGAUAAGCUUCACUCAGGUCAGCCUGACAGACAGGGACGGGGACGGGGCCACUGCCAUGCACUUUGCAGCGAGUCGUGGCCACGCCAAGGUGCUCAGUUGGCUGCUGCUGCACGGAGGAGAGAUUGUCGCCGAUAACUGGGGCGGCACCCCCCUACACGAUGCUGCAGAAAAUGGAGAACUAGAGUGUUGUCAGAUACUAGUGGUUAAUGGGGUGGAUCUGGGCAUCAAGGACCAGGAUGGCUUCACGGCAGCAGAUCUGGCUGAAUACAAUGGCCACUCACAGUGUGCAAAGUAUCUGCGCACCGUGGAGAAUAUGAGUGUGGAGCACCGCGUUUUGUCCCGGGACCCAUCGACAGACCUGGAGUACAAGCAGCCAGACUCUGGGCUCUCGUCCCCCAACACCACCAUGCCCCCUUCCAGACAAGUGGCACGCUAUGACAUCAGCUCCCCAUCCAGCUCCCUGUCCAACUAUGACUCAGCCAACUCCAGCCAGUCGAGCACCGGGGAGAAAAGGAGCAGCUUAACGAUGUCACGAGGCCCCCCUGCUCAGCUGAACACAGUCGCACAAACAGGCGCGUCGGAUUCGGCCAUUUCAGACAUGCAGGCUUACAUGGACAUGCUAAAUCCAGAAAUCGGUUCCGACGUGCCCAAGAAGGCUGCGCCACAGCCGGAGACGCCGUCCAAGCCCCCGCCGCCGCCGCCGACCUACCCGCCCCCACCUCCCCCACAGUCCCCCCCGGCGCCGCCUCCGCCCCCGGGCUACCCGGCACCACAGCCCCCGAAGGAGCCAUCCUCGGCCGAGUUCCUGAAGGUGAAGAGCAACCUGCGACACGUGGAGAGCGCCGCUGGCAAGAAGCAGCGGACGGCUCCCGGGGAGACUCACGAGAAACUGCGGCGGGUGGAUUCAAACAGGAAGUCAAGGUGCUUCAACAAGCAACCCAGCACUGGGGACUACUACAAAACCCUGGGCAGCGACACGGCCGAGCCCCGCGGGAGCAAAGGCAUGGCGCCAAACGAGGAGGGCUCUGCGUUGUUGGAGGAGCCUACCGACGGCCCGGCCCACAGCUCUGAGAAUGGUGCCACGGAGCAAUCAGUCCCACCCCCACCUCCGCCUCCUCCGCCCCCUCUUCCCCCUAGCAACCCAGUGUCAACACCCCCUCCGCCUCCUCCGUUGCCCCCGGAGACGCCAACCACCCAGAGCAAUGCCAUUACCAACUCCUCCGACCAGAGACGCCCAUCUUCCUCAUCAGGAAGCGGGGACACCUCUGCCUCUCAAGCAGAGGGAGGGGCACUAAGACAGAUGAAGAGCACGAAAUCUUUCAACAUGAUGUCCCCCACUGGUGACAACUCAGAGCUGCUGGCAGAGAUCAAAGCCGGGAAGAGCCUCAAACCUACGCCUCACAGUAAAGGCUACACCACUGUCUUUUCCAACAGCGGACCAACAGGCAGUAAUGAAAACACCACAUCGUCUCCACCAGAGACCCGCACACCUAGUCCAUCACCCAAACCACCCUCCCCACCGCCAUCCAGUAAAUCUGCUGCCUCUCUCCCCUCUACCCCAAGCCCCAGCCCCAGUCCGACUGGUUCUGGAUCUGCCAGGUCCAUGUCAACGUCUGCAAGCUAUGAGAAAUUGCCCUCCAACGCUAUGCUCAACGGCACCUGUGGGGAAACGGGUGGAGCUGAGCCGGAAAGGAAGACUAGCCUUGCAGACAUAGAAGCCCUAGUGCCCACUCACGAUGAACAGGGAAAAGCAAUCCCAGAAUGGAAGAGACAGGUGAUGGUGCGAAAGCUUCAGGCCAAGAUGCAGGAGGAGGAAGAGCACAAGCGUAAGGUUGAAGAGGAGGAAGCACGCUUGGCAUCGAUGCCAGCCUGGAGAAGAGACAUGAUGAAGAAGAAGAUGGACGAAGAGAGGUGUGACAGGGAGCAGCGGAGAAAAGUCGAGGAGGAGGCCAAACAGGCCAAAGAAAUGGAGGAGAAAACAGAGAUGGAGCGACUACGGACCCUAGGCUACGACGAGACCAAGCUGGCUCCCUGGCAACGGCAGAUCAUCCUGAAGAAAGGGGAUAACGCCAAACAGUGAACUGGGUUGUCGUCCCCUUCCUCUCCCCCAGCAGUUCACACCCUCACACCCCCUCCCACGGCCAGAACGCUCCCCCCUCCAUCCGGCUCUUUACAGCGGGCAGCAGGAAACAGCUUUUGUCCUCUAAACUCUUUCUUACUGAUCGGCUUCCACAAACCCAGGACCGUGCUGCGGUUGCUGCUGUCUUGGGUUUAACGCUCAGAAACAUGAUCUCCUGUUGAAAGUCUCACGGACAGAAACAUCUGAUGUUUUAGCAACUGUUAUAAGAUGCGUUGGGUCUUCUGUUUAAAGCUUUUGCUAUGAAUGCAUGAGUCCUAAACUAAGGUUAUCUGUAGAAUACUUCUAAUGACUUUUUAAAUCAGCUGAUAGGUUAAAGGGGGGUAAAUGUGAGCAUGUUUGACAUGGGACAUUCAUUCUCUUUAUUAGCCACACUCACCACUAAGUAAUACAAGGAGAAGUAGCUCCCUAACAUUGUUUUCAUUUAAACAAGGCUGAACAUACAGUACGCUGAGGCCCAUCACACCCUGAAGCAGCUAAUGCAUCCUGUACGUAGACAGUAUCACAUCUUUAUCAUGUUGUGUAAUUAGUCGUGAGAUUUUGUAUGAAGCUCAUAGAAGCACUGCCAGAACAUAUUUAAGGUAACAUAACAGUUGUGUUUUUGUGUAAAUCAGAUGUUAUCAAUCAAUGCCGCAAUGUUCCAACUAAAUUUUUCUAUAUAUGAUCUGAAUGUUGAAAUGUGUAUGUGUCGAGUAAUGCAGAAGUGUAUCAAGGAUGGAUUCAAAUUAAACACAUCUGACCCUACAUCCGUAACACAAACAAGGUCAGCGAAGACGCACAGUGGGAAUAUGCUCCUGUGACGUAUCUGUCUGAACAGGCAGCAUCUCAUCUGCACAAGUUCAAUACGGUCAAGGCAGAGAAGAGACAUCAUUUAUACUGUGUCCUUUUUUCGGCCUUUGUCACACUUAACUGGAGAAUAAAUGUUUGAUGAACAGAUCGGCUUACAGAAGGCAGCCAGCAACAGCUAUAAUAUUAAUACUGGCCUGUUUCUUAGAUGAUGCCGGUUGUGGCUUUAUAAUCUGCAGCCCCUAGUGUAAAGUAGAACACCUGAUGUCUUUGGUCAAACACUGCAGCGUAGUUGUGUACGCAUUACACUGCAUAGUUUAAUCAAACAUACUCAUUUAAAUGACUACUUUCAUUUAUUUAUCCCAGGUUUCACACACAGGUUCAUCAGUUUGGGUCUAAAUAUGAAAAUGUUGCAAAACCCCCGUAUUUAUGGUAGAAUUCUGUUUACUGUGUGUAUGAUGGAUGCUCAUCGUUAUAAAAGUAGGGAACUGAGCAUGCACAUGUUAUUGUGAAAGACAAGGUAAUGGUUCGGGAAUUAUUUGAAGAUAAUUAAAUUCACUUUCAUCAGAUGCCAUAUGAUGCUGAAAUUGAAGAUGAUGUGAACAUCUUUGCCAUUUAUUAUAGCUAUACAGUAUAUAAAAAUAUAUAAAAUCUGUGUACAUAGUGACUGUAUCAGAUUUUUGUCACUUCGUUAUUUCCAUAUUGCAUUAUAUUACAUGUUUUCACCCUUGGUUGGAAAGGAUGUUGGCUAAUUUAUGUAUAUUAUAUUUUCUGACUAUUAAAAAUUAAGGCAAUAAAUCCAUAAUCAACAGUGUUCAGAAUGUGGUUUUGCUACUUAUAAUGGUAUCAUAAAUAUCAAUGUGGUUUAAAAGUAAUACAUUGAUGACAAUUGGCAUCAGUGACUAGUCUGUAGUACGUCAUAUUGGCCACGAGAUGGCGCUAGAUUUGUAAUUGUUGGCAAUUUGGGGCAUUGCGUGUCAACAAAUGAAUAAACACGGGAAACAAGGAUAUCUGACGUUUUAAGAAUGUAUUUCAUCA